AUGAGAUUCGAUUGCAUUGAACGGCGGUUCGCGCACGCAUUCGGCGCCUACUCAGGCGUCGUCGUCCGCUGCCCGCUCCCAUUUUUCAUUAUUCCCAUAAUUGUGACCACAAUCCUGUCGACCGGACUCGUGCGGCACGAGCAGGCGUUCAUGAAGGAUGAGCUCGAACUAUACACUCCGACUGAUGCUCAGGCAAGGAAGGAGCUCGAUCAACUCGACACACUAUUCCAUAUCAACGAUUCCGAUCCGUUCUACGCGACAAGAAGGUGAGGAAAAGAGGGAAGAUUUUGAGAAAUGACAGAAGAUAUUUUAGGUAUGACAUUCGAAGAGCCGGUUAUAUCAUUGUUACUAAUCGGGAAGAGGACGGAGAUAUUCUGAACCCACUGGUCAUGCACGCAGCCAUGCAACUCUGGAGCAUCGUACAGGUUGGUCAAUUCAUAGUUUUGUUUCUUUUCUGAAAAGCCAAUAAUAUGACAAGUAGACAAUUAUGAAGGGUGAUUGAAUAUUCCAGUCGCUGACAGUGGAAGACGAAGACGACCGUCGCAUAAAUUACCCGUCAAUCUGUGUGAAGUUCCCGAUCCCGCCCGAGUUCAGCAAGGCUCUACACUCGCUGUUCGCACCCAACAUGACCACGUAAGUGUGCCCGCGAGGGAGGAUCAAUACACGGGUGGCUCCUGCGAGUACGCCUUUUUCGGUCUUGUACCGCAACAAAAUAAUGCGCCGCGCAAACAGAAUAAGCUGGCCCUCCUGAUGCAGAGUAGAAUAGAAUAGGCUCCGGGCGGCCCGUGCCGACGGAUUACGGUAGUAGCGACACGCUACUGGAAGAGUUUGCAACGUUGCGUAUCGAUGCGCUUCCUUAUUCUGUUGACACUCACUUAUCACCUUCGAGAUGAGCCGAGUGGCUGGGGGCCAAAAUAUUUGAGGAGCGAGCGGAAGCGGCGCGGCUUCUGUUAAGAUGGUCACAGUAGGUCAGAAGAUUAAACAUCGGCUUCAUGUUGGCACAACAAGAUCUUCAAGCGGCCAAGUGCUCUCGAGAACACGCGUUCAGAGUUCGAAUUAGUGUGCUUUAUGCCCGAUUUGACACUGAUUUUGACCUUUCAAAGUGCGCUUUUUGUAGUCUUACCCAACUAAAGAAUGCGCGAAACCGCUGGAAAAUUGCAAUCGAUCCGUUUGUUUUGUGCAUCUUUUUCCUUACAAAAACAAGUGUGUGGUCACUUUUGUGAGGAAGUGCAAACAUGCGAACUUCCCAGUCAUCCCAAAGUACAAAAGUGUCUUCACUUUCGCGCGCAAGUAUCAAUAGCCACCCAACUUGUCACCUCCUCCUAAUCCGCACUUAUUUGACGAGAAACAAUACAAGUUCGUGUCCUCCGAACCGUCCGUUCGGAUGCAUAUUACGUCAGCGACAAACAGAUCGGAGGCGCUUCGAGUGACCCAUCAAAAGUGUCAAAAAAUAAUAGAUCUCCCAUCGUCUGUUUGUUCAUUUAAUCGCGAAUUCGGAAAAGAAGGGGAAGAAUGGGAUGAGAAGUGAACAGGGAUCUUUCCAGGCCGGAGGAGAUAUGCGUUUCGAACCCACUCGUCGAGAUAUUCAAACUUCUUCUCGUCUCUGAUCGGUCCUUUCUGAACAGGUAAGCGCCGAAACAGGGAGGAAAUAGAAGAAAUGGAAAUGUUUCAGGUCGAUUGACGAAAUGACUCUCUCCCAAAUCUCCGAUGCGAUUCAGUUUGACAGCGGAGGAAUGACUCAUCUGCUGGGAGGCGUCACUUUGGACGACGACAAAAGAAUAGCUGGGGCGAAGGCGAUGCUGCUCCCUUAUGCUCUCCGUCACUCUUCGGACGACGAAGACUGGGUGGCCGAGAAGUGGGAGGUCCGUCUGGCCGACUUCCUUCUCCAGGUGCGUCCCAUCCGUCUCCCCUGUUUUUCCAUCCAAAUAUCUUCCCUUUACAGUACGAUUCUCCCAUCAUCCGUGCCAGUUGGUGGACCUAUGAAACCUUGGCCGCUGAGUCAGCCCGUGAUCGUCUCCAGCUCAUCAAGUACUCCUUGUCCUCGCUAUCCUUCCCAAUCCGUCUCUUUCCAGUAUGCUUCUCCCCUGCUUCGUCUGCGUCUCCAUCUACACAAUCGCCUGCUGUUGUGUGCUUUCCUGGCGUCGUUCGCGUCCCUGGUGACCUUCACCCUCUCGAUCUUCGAUCAUUAUUCCGAUUUCGUUCAGGCUCGCCAUCGGGGGUGUCUUUUCCGCGGCCAUGGCAAUUUCGUCGGCGGUUGGAGUGCUGCUGCUGGCCGGUUACGGUAUGACGAGCGUCGCCUACUCGAUGCCGUUCAUUGUAUUCUGUAAGUGUAUUCAAAUGGACGUGUGUGUGUGUGUGUGUAUGUGUCAGCGAGUGAGUCAAUCCCGUUCGCAAAUAUUUUGAUGCCUUGGAGAGAAUCGACGCAUGGUUUGGGAGCACACUAUUUGCCAAUGUGUUUACACAUUUUGAACUUUGUGUGAAAUUCCUGGAUUCGCGCGGGGAAGGGUCAAAACACGGUCAGUCUUCCGGUUUUUGUCCGAAACUGGUGGAAGCAGAGGGGAAGAUUGCAGAAAGAUCAAAAGAGCGAAUUUAUUUAUUUCAGCUGUGGGCGUCGAUAACGUCUUCAUUCUUCUAUCGGCAUGGAGAUCAACGCCUUCGACAGAGACCCUCGAACACAGAAUGGAGGAGACGUUCGCAGGUAUUCCGACGGCAUCUCUUUUUCCAACCCCUCAUUCCACCAGCAGAUGCUGCCGUCAGCAUCACUGUCACCUCCCUCACCGACCUCAUUUCCUUCGGAGUCGGCUGUGCAACUCCAUUCCCGAGUGUCCAGAUGUUCUGUGCGUACGCCGUCGCCGCCGUCAUUUUCACCUACGUCUAUCAAUUGACGUUCUUCGCAGCCGUCAUGGUUUACACGUGUCGAAGAGAGAUGGACAAUCGGCACUGCAUCACUUUCCAUAAACUGAAAAGAGAAAAUGAGAGUCUUCCGGAAAAGAUGGCCGUCCAAGGAGACAGAAGCUUCGAGAAGAACAGCAUGUUGGCGAGGUUCUUCCGCACGACUUACUCGGAUUUCCUCCUGAAUCCUCUUGUCCGCGUUUUCAUCCUGACAUCUUUCCUUGCGUAUUUAGUAAGUUUCACUUUCCUUCUCCCAGUGAUCUCAUCCGAUUAUUUCAGGGAAUCGCCUCUUACGGAUGUACAAAAGUGAAAUUGGGCCUUGAGCCGAAUGACCUGCUUCCUGAGAACUCGUACGGAAAACGGACGCUGAUGAUGGCCGAGAAGUAUUUUUCAGGUGAGUAUUCUCAGGUGAGUAUUGAGAAGUAUUUCUCAGGUAAGUAGUUCUGGUUAAAAAGUAGCGACUUCAGACUACGGAAGCUCUCUCCAUGUUUGGAUGUACAACCUGUCUGAAGUGAACGUGGCGCCGAGAAAGAUGUGGAAUGUUCUGGAGAAGGAGAUCGAGCUGUACGAACACACCGAGUUCACGGCCGGAAGUGACUCCUGGCUCCGCACGUUUCUUGCUUUUGUGAAGCAAGCCGGCCUUCUGAUCACCCCGGAAAACUUUGUCUACAUUCUAAAGAACGUUUUUCUAUCGCAACCCCAGUUUGCCAAGUACAACAGAGACGUCGUGCUGAGUAAUGACGGAGAACACCUGGAGGCGUCUCGCAUUCCCGUCCAACUGCGGCACGUCGGAUCGGCGAAUCAGUCAAGAGCAAUGAGAUUGUUCCGCAGACUGGCCGAGACGAGCGAGUUGCAGACCGGCGUUUAUGCAGAUUUCUUCCAGGUAGGACCUUGCUGAUAUCCGAUAGAUCAAAAAUUUAAUUUCUUAGUUCGCCGAGCAGUAUAACGCCGUUCUUCCCGGCACUCUCUCCUCAAUUGCUUACGCAGGAGCCGCCGUUGUCGCCGUCUCCCUCAUUCUGAUUCCGGAGCCAGUUGCCAGUUUGUGGGUCAGUACUUCCGCUUUUAAGAUUCCAUUCAUCGUAAUCUCUUCAGGUGUCUUUCUCCAUCGUCUCAAUCAACGUGGGAAUCCUUGGCUUCAUGACAUUCUGGUCCGUCCGUCUCGACUUCAUUUCCAUGGUCACCAUCGUCAUGUCUAUUGGAUUCUGCGUCGACUUUGCUGCACAUUUAGCCUAUAACUUUGCAAAGGGAGAAAACAUUGAGGCGGCGGAGAGGAUGAGAAAUGCUCUGUACGCAGUCGGCGCCCCUAUCCUGAUGUCUGCUUCUUCCACGAUCCUCGGGGUUUCUUUCAUGGCUUCUGCUGAGUCGUACGUCUUCCGAAGUUUCCUCAAGACCAUCAUUCUCGUAAUUUUGCUCGGAGCACUUCAUGGUCUUGUCAUUUUGCCCGUCUUGCUAUCCAUGUUCUACUGUGGAGAAUCUUCGAAGGCAACGAAAGAACACAUUGACGUGAGUCUUUCUUCUCUAACCUGAUCUGAUAUCCAGAGUGUUCCAGGCUGUCGAACAAAAGCUACAAGCUCAGUACAACAACCCCGCCCGUACAGCAUCGAUACAGUUUCUCAGCAACCCCGAUCUUUACACAAUGCCGCCCCCGAGUGUCGAAUACUCCCUCUCCACACUCGAAUUCAAUCGAACCCAAGUUGUUUCGUCUCGUCCUCUCGGCGCUCCGCCCUCCAUAACUGGAAGUCCGAAACGGGAGCUGUCGGGAAGUUCGGGGCCUCCCGAAUACGAAGAACAUGAUCCAUCCGGACUCAGCACGUUCGGAGUGGGUCCGGCGGUGGCAGCCAACACGACAGGCAUCAUUCCGAUGCGUGCUAAACUCAAAUACCCACCGAACAUGACGACGGCGCAACGAAGGGACAGCGGUGAGUCCCGGAACACUCCGGAACUCUACUAUCCCUCCUGA